UUAAGUAUGUGAAUGAGUGCUAUAGUGUGGCAUCUUAUAAGAAUGUUUAUAAGACUGCAAUUAUGCCUAUGGUUGGUAGAGAUUUGUGGACUGCUACACAAUUCAUCCCUCCUUUGCCACCAAACUUUGGUAGGGGGGCUGGUAGGCCUCCAAAAUCUAGAAGGAGGGAACCUGAUGAGAUAGUGUCAAAGCAGAAGAAAAAUGGUAAAGGAAAACCGCAGAACAGGUUGAAAAGAGUGCAGAAGACUGUCAAGUGCAGCAAAUGCGGCAAGGAGAAACACAAUGCUUGAAGAUGUCCACUGAAGAAUCUGCAAGAAGAUACACAAGUCACUGAUGCAUUUAGUCAAGUGAUACAAGAAAUCAAAGAAAAAGAGGCUCAUGAAAGCAAGAAAAGAAGGGUUGAAAAGGAAGCAGGUGACAAGGACAUUUUGACUAAAAAUGAUGUGUUUCAGGGAGACAAUUCCAUGGGGAUGCAAGAACAAAUUUCAAUUGACGAGAUGACUAAAGCUGAUGCAUUUGAGGAGAAUAAGUCUAUGGGCAUGAAGGAACAAGAGCUUCCAAGUACUGCAGUCCAUCAUACAAGCCAACAAACUGCAGCUUCAGUAAUACCUAAACCAUUCAAGCCACCCCGGUAUAAACAAAAAGUUGCACACAAACAACCAUGGAAGCCAUCAUACAAGUCUUCCACAUCCCAACAAGAAAAUGCAGCUCAAAACUCUAGGCCUCCUCCACCAACUCAACCAAGUCAUCUGCAGCCACCAAUCCCAAAAGUUAAUAUUAGAGCUCCACCACGAUGGAUAGGGAGACAAGAGGUAUUUUCAAAACAGCCUUUACAACCAGAGACCAAAUCUCUUCUGUCAACAUGUACAUUUUUAGAGAAGGAUGGCAAGAAGUAUGUUACAUUAUCACGAUUGAACAAUAUUUUAUCACAAUCGAAGGACAAGGGAAACAAGGAAGACAAGGGCAAGAAGAAAGAUGGGAGGAAUUCACCUUUUGUUUAA